CCCUGUCAACCGUUUCACAGUUUCACGUAACAACCCUCAUAAGAAAGUUCCAAGUUUUGCUCCUACUUUCCCGUCCUCUUCCUUGCUCAUCACACGUCUCCGUUUGGUGCUGCUGAGAAUCCUGCUGAGAGGGGGAAAGAAAGAGACGUCGGCGAUGGCGCCGCUAAGGCGGGCGGCGAGCGCGGCGGCGGUGCUGCUGGCCCUCACGGGACUUUUUCUUCUCGUGCUCUCUCCCGCGGACGCAGCAACGGCGGCGGUGGAAGGAGGAGAGCUCAGGAUGAAGCAAUCUGAUGGUGGUUACUCUUACAAUAGUACUCUUGCUCAUAUUCUUGUCGAAUAUGCAUCUGCUGUUUAUACAUCCGACCUAACCUCACUUUUGAAAUGGACUUGUCCAAGGUGUGAAGGUCACACGAAGGGUUUUCAGAUGAUAGAGAUCAUUGUAGAUGUAGAGAAAUGUUUACAGGCUUUUGUUGGAGUUGCCCCUGAUCCACGAUCCAUAAUAAUUGCUUUUAGAGGCACCCAAGAACACAGCGCCUCAAAUUGGAUUGAAGAUCUCUUCUGGAAGCAGCUAGAUGUAACUUAUCCAGGCAUGCCGGAUGCAAUGGUAUCUCCAAUCUCCACCGGCAAAUUUUCUAUUAUUUUUUUACGAAAUACAAAUGAGUUUGAAAUCACUUGUUCACUUUAUGUUUUUCUCAUGUUGCAGGUCCACCAUGGAUUUUAUUCUGCAUAUUAUAAUACAACUCUGCGGCAUGAGAUCUUGAAAUCUGUUCAGUGGGCAUGGAAGACAUAUGGAAGACUACCCAUAAAUGUUGUAGGUCACUCUAUGGGAGGGGCUUUAGCUUCAUUUUGUGCCCUUGAUCUCUCUGUUAAAUGGGGGUCACACAAAGUUCAGCUCAUAACUUUUGGACAGCCUCGGGUAGGCAAUCCUGCUUUUGCUGAAUACUUCAAUGAGCAGGUUCCAAGAACAAUCCGCGUGACCCAUGAAAAUGAUAUUGUUCCACAUUUGCCACCAUACUUUUAUUACCUAGGCGAAUGGACAUAUCACCACUUUGCAAGAGAGGUUUGGCUUCGGGAGACCAUAGUAGGAAAUGUGGUUACUAGGAAUGAGACAGUCUGUGAUUGUUCAGGAGAGGACCCAACCUGCAGCAGAUCGGUCUACGGGAGAAGUGUGGCAGAUCAUCUUGAGUAUUAUGGUGUUAACCUACAUGCUGAUUCAAGGGGAACAUGUCAAUUUGUGAUUGGCGCAUCCAACUCAGCCUAUGGUGACAUUCUUCAAUUUGAUGGAACUAUCAUCUUAUCAAGAUAUCCACAGAAGCGAUAUCCUGUGGAGUCUAUCUAACCCUUUAGCUGAGGGUGCCUUGGCGUCAGAUAUGCAUUUGUGAUCAAAAGAGUGCUGCCCUUUGAAGGUCUGAGGAGCCAGGAACUGAUCGAAAUCAUGCUGGAACCUGGAUUCCCAAGAUGCAAAGUUGUACAUUAGUCGGCAGUGCCCGGUGGGAAAACUGAGGAUAAAGGAUACAUAUCUAUUCAAAUAUUCUCCAUUGCCAUCUGCUUGCCCUGUAGGGUUGCACCACAUCGGAGAAUCAAGAAGAAUAGAUACUACUUUGCAGCAUAUGAACUGCUACUGUUGUACAGCCUCAUUUGCACAGCAUGUGCUGGAUCAUGGCGUGGCGAAUGCUUGUGCAUUUGAUAAGGACAUAAAACAGGGCGAACAUUGAAAUCUUGAGAGAUGACAGAGAAUUGCGAAUGGCACUGAUUCCACUGUCGCAGAUAGGGUCAGAAGAGAGUGUGAUGGACUGAAUGAGACUGGAAGCCCUCUCUGCCUGAAGAUGCUAUUCUGAACGCCAAGGGAAGCUGAUCCUUCUUCCUGUACAAAUCACCUCUCUCUCCUUAGCCGGUGGAAUUAGAUCCCUGUGCCGUACUGCUGCCAUCCGUGUCGACGUUAGCGCCAUUUUGUGCUUGUUCUGAGCCUCUGUACUAUACGUACAGUAAAAUGAGUGAAGUUAGAAGCCAUGUAGAGAGAAUGUUUCAUCAGGGAUGAAACUCCCAAACAAAAUGAAGAGUAUCAGAGGAAAUGGCAUGUAUAUUGCACCAGAGAUUUGCAGUGAAGGUUACACUAAUCUCA